AUGGGUUUCACAUUCGGCAAAACAGCUCGCGCGUUAGGUGCACUCGUAGCAGUGCUUCCCUUUGCAUCGGCCGUUCCAUUUGGUUUGCAGAUAUACUCAUGCACUUUGCCCGGGGUCAUCGCCCCGGGUUUUGACGAUGGUCCAUGGAUCUACUCAGAGGAUAUCCUCAACCGUAUGGAAGCUGCGGGUAUCAAAGCGACUUGGUUCAUUAAUGGGGCCAAUAAAGGGAACAUCUACGAUUAUAACUCCACUUUGCUAAGAAUGGUCGACAUGGGACAUCAGAUCGGAUCACACACAUGGAGUCACAAAAAUCUCGCUACUUUGACUGCUGAUGGAGUGAAAGAAGAAAUGCUUUUGUUAGAGGAGGCCUUAGUUAACAUCCUCGGGUAUUUCCCUUAUUACAUGCGCCCUCCAUUCCUAUCAGUCAACGCAGUCGCGCUCCAAGCACUCAAGGAACUUCAGUACCAUGUCAUCAUUGGCGACCUGAACACCAAGGACUGGCAGUAUCAGUCAGAAUCUGGGAUCGAAACUGCAAAAAAGCUAUUUACCGACGGUCUUGACCUUGGGCGUACGAUAAUAGAAGCCCAUGAGCAGGAAGAAUGGACCCACGGAGUACUCAUCGACUUCAUGAUCCAGACAAUUCAAGCUAGGGGUCUCAAAACUGUCACUGUAGCGGAGUGCUUGCAGGAUACGCAGCCCACAUACGUCGACGAAGCCUCGAACAUCAAUACCGGAACUGGGAUGCCUUCUCGGACUGUAUCUGCAACAGCUCUUGCAACUCCCCUCGCACGUGGAAGCAUUUCACCAGACAGAACUUGCGGAGACGUUGGCAAAGGCAACAACAACGGCUACAUCUGUAAACCCGGCCAGUGCUGCAGUAAGUACGGAAACUGUGGUACAGCUUCAGACUACUGUGCUCCAUCAGUAUGUCAAAGCGCUUUCGGAAUAUGU